GCCUCCGUCGUCCUCCCCUCCCUCGCGAGUCCGAAGUCAAGGCGAAAACCCUCGAGGCGAAGCGAGAGUCGCAGAUAGGGAUAACCGCGAGAGUCGAGUGAGUGGGUUGGAAGGGAAGCCGAGAUGAAGCUCAACGUGAAGACCCUCAAGGGCACAAGCUUCGAGAUCGAGGCGACCCCCGAGUCCUCGGUGGGUGAGGUCAAGAGAAUCAUCGAGAGUGCUCAGGGGCAGAAUGUGUACCCUGCGGAUCAGCUGAUGAUCAUAUAUCAAGGAAAAAUUCUCAAGGAUGAUACCACUCUGGAUGCUAACAAGGUUGCAGAGAACAGUUUCCUUGUUAUAAUGCUGUCUAAGCCUAAGGCGUCAUCUAGUGGCGCUUCUUCUGCUUCAAAGGCACCUGUUAGUCAGAGGGAUGGGUGGACACUCAUUGACAAGCAAUUUUUUGGCAACAAACCAAACGAAGAUCAAAAUAUGAUUUACAGCAAUUUUUUUGUCAAGUCUCAACCUGCUACCCCAGUUGCUGCUGCUACUCCACCUGUCCCUGUUGCCUCAGCUGCAAGAUCACCACCUUCACAAGCACCUGUUGCUGCAUCUGAACCGGCGCCUCCCAGUGCACAGCCUUCAGCUGUUUCUGAUACUCCAGCUGCUGCAGUAACUGCAUCAGGCGAUGCUGAUGUAUACAGUCAGGCUGCAUCAAACCUUGUCUCUGGCGGCAUUCUAGAACAGACAGUCCAACAAAUUCUUGACAUGGGUGGUGGCACCUGGGAACGUGAUAUGGUUGUCCGUGCUUUACGUGCUGCGUAUAACAACCCUGAGAGGGCUAUUGACUACCUGUACUCUGGAAUACCUGAAUCCGUAGAGGCCCCACCUGUGGCUCGAGCACCUGCUCCUGCUCAACAGGCACAAAACCUGCAGGCUCCAUCUCAGGCUCAGGCUGCACCUCUACCGGCAGUGCAGCCAUCUGGUGGUGUCUCUGCUGGGCCUAAUGCGAAUCCUCUAAACCUUUUCCCACAGGGUGUUCCAAGUGGUGGGGCCAAUGCUGGUGCUGGUGUGGGUGCCGGUGCCGGUGCCCUUGAUGCAUUGCGACAGCUUCCACAGUUCCAAGCACUGCUUGCAUUGGUCCAGGCUAAUCCCCAAAUCCUACAGCCAAUGCUUCAAGAGCUGGGGAAACAAAAUCCACAGAUCCUGCGGUUGAUUCAGGAAAAUCAGGCUGAGUUUCUCCGCCUGGUAAAUGAAACACCUGAGAGUGGUGCUGGCGGAAAUAUACUAGGCGCACUGGCAGCUCAAAUGCCACAGGCAGUUCAAGUUACUCCAGAAGAACGGGAGGCCAUCCAGCGGCUUGAGUCAAUGGGGUUCAAUCGUGAGCUUGUGUUGGAGGUCUUCUUUGCAUGCAACAGGGAUGAAGAACUGGCUGCCAACUAUCUUUUGGAUCAUGGCCACGAGUUUGAGGAACAACAAUAGAUGUUAGAUUGGUGUUACCGUCGAAAGACAGAGUCAGUGACAGAAGCAGUACAGUUUGGUGUCGUUCUUAUAUCUUGCUGCUGAAUAUCACUACUACUUGCCAUUAGUGAGAAGCUGCUGACUUUCAAUUUCUUGUAUGCUGGAAAUCCUUUUUAAGUACAUAUUAAUAUCA